GUGGCCUUAUGUAUCUCAACGAGAGUACUCUUCUUAAUAACAUGAGGCAAAGGUAUUUAAAGGAUAAAAUUUACACUUACGUUGCUAACAUUCUUAUAGCAGUAAACCCAUACUGUGAUAUUCGUGAUCUAUUUUCUCAUAAAACCAUAGCAAAAUAUAAGGGAAAAUCCCUUGGAACAUUGCCACCCCAUGUAUAUGCUAUAGCUGAUAAAGCCUUUCGUGACAUUCGAACAUGUAAAGAAUCACAAGCUAUAAUUGUAAGUGGAGAAUCCGGUGCCGGAAAGACUGAGACGACAAAGCACAUACUCCAGUACCUGACUACUGCUUAUGGUGCCCACUCAGGACCUAUUGAAGCUCGAAUAAAUGAGGGUAGGUUCAUUUUAAACAUAACAAAUGGAAUAUACCAACUUGUUAAUUUGAGAACAAAUCCAUUGUUGGAGGCAUUUGGCAACGCGAAAACUGUACGAAACAACAAUAGCAGUCGCUUCGGCAAGUUUAUCGAGAUAUACUUCAGCAAUUCAGGUCUCGUGAAUGGCGGCUCUGUUGUCCACUAUUUAUUGGAAAAGAGCCGUGUAGUUAGUCAAAGCCCUGAUGAGCGUAAUUAUCAUAUCUUCUAUCGUCUUUGCGCCUGCCCUUCGAUGGAACUUCGUCGCAGCCUCAGACUUAAUUCUCCAGAUAGUUUUAAUGUGAGUUGUCGUGCUGCUCAGAAACUCUUUUGCACGUUCUGUUAA